AUGAUACCAUAUCCUUGUGCAAUGCGGGCCAUGAAUUUGUUUGCGCUACUUGCUUCGCCUGUGCUUGCCGGCACCUUGGGUCCUCUGUCCAUAGACCAAAGCGAUAUCUAUAAAGGUCAGCGCCAGUGUGUCUUCAGUUGCUACGAAUACUCUUCUAUCGACAUAGUUGGCGGUCCAAUCGCCGAAGAGCUCUCCUGUGCAUAUCGCCCGGUGCAAAACGACUGCUUCUGUCGACCAGACCUGCAGCGCGAAGCUGUCAGUUACAUUUCGAGCUGCGUGGGCAGGUAUUGCAGUAGCAAUCCGCUCGAUAUCUCGACUGCGACGAAUAUCUACAAAGACUACUGUACGAGCAAUGGGUAUCUUCAGGCACAGGCGACCACUGAGGCGUCGAUUACAGGUGCGUUGACAGUUACUGUUACAGAGGCGGUGGCGACCCGGACGGUGACUGUCUUGAGUAAUGCUCGUGGUGGCCCUUCGUCUGCUUGCAGCCUUAGCUGGAGCCUCCUCGUUAUACUGGUCACAAUCACCGUGGGGGUCACGGGUGGUGUUGCUAGUAUCACUGGAUUCCGUUAA